AUGGCUAUACAACGUUAUCGAUCGUGUUACCGUUCACGAAAAAUAACAAGUAGUAAAAGAUGUACACUUUGGCUUUCAUUUAUCUUGUUUGUACUGGUACUUCUAUUAAUAAUUUCCUAUUUUCAAACAUCGAUUUAUCAAAGUUUUCAAGAACUGGAUGAUUCUAUUAUUUAUAAAAAGCCUUGGUAUUUAUUGCAUAAACAAAAAGUUCUUGUACCUGUAUCUAUCAAUCGAUUAUAUGACUAUCGAGUAGUCUGCGAUGGUCAAAGUGAAAUUCUUAACCAAACUGAAUUAGUAAAUCGAUUAUCAACAGUUUGCAAAAUUAAUUUAAAUGGAAGUUUAAAUAUUAAUCUUAAUCCACCCAAUGAUUUUCAAUUACGCUCAUCAUUAACAUCAAAAUAUAUCAAUUUAUGGAGAGCGUCUAAUUCGUGUUCAAUAUUUGAAAAUGAAACUCUAGCAAUCAUUAUUUCCUAUCGUGAUCGUGAAAAAAACUUGAAAAUGUUAUUAUACAAUUUAAUACCAUUUUUAGAACGACAAAGAAUUCGAAAUUAUAAAAUAUUUAUUAUUGAACAACAAGCUUCAGGUUCAUUUAAUAAAGGUCGAUUAUAUAAUGUUGCAUUUAAUCAUCUUAUGAGAACCUCUAAACCGACGUGUGUUAUUUUUCAUGAUGUUGAUCUUAUUCCAGAAAAUGGCCAGAAUUUAUAUUCAUGUUUAUCGUUAACUCAUCAUCCUCUUCAUAUGUCGGCGAAUAUACAUUUUGACAUAAACGGUUCGUAUACAACGAUCUAUUCAUUUCUUGUUGGUGGUGUUUUAGCAAUGCGACCAGAAACUUUCAUUCGAUUAAAUGGUUAUUCAAAUCGAUAUUUUAAUUGGGGCGGAGAAGACGAUGAUAUGGGUUUAAGAUUUUUAUCAAAAGAUAUUUGUGUUCAACGACCAACAACUGGUUAUUACUAUGCUGCUUUUCAUUCUAUACAAACACGAAAUCCAAAUCGUUUUAAACUUUUAUUUGAUGCUACUUUGAGACAAGACAGUGAUGGACUUAAUAAUAUUGAUCAAUUAGCUUCUGUAAAACAUCAAUACGAAUAUCCUCUAGUCACUUGGAUAACUGUUGAAUGGAUUGAACAAGAUUAUAGUUCUGUGGUUCCAAAAAAGCAAACUUGA